CCACCCUGGCCAUUCGAAGUGGCUUCAAUUACAUUCGGAACUGCCUCGGCUAUUAUCUAUAAUUAUCCGCACGGAAAGGGCCGAGUAGUUGCGAUUGUAAACACCGUUUCAAGAUGGUUCUCGAGAGCACAAUAGUUUGUGUAGAUAACAGUGAUUAUAUGCGUAAUGGAGAUUUCUUACCAACACGUUUACAAGCUCAACAAGAUGCUGUCAACUUAGUGUGUCAUUCUAAAACAAGAUCCAACCCUGAAAAUAAUGUUGGACUCAUUGUUAUGUCUAAUGUAGAGGUAUUGACCACUCUCACAGCUGAUGUAGGAAGAAUUUUGAGUAAGCUGCAUCAGGUACAACCAAAGGGAGAAAUCAAGUUCUGUACAGGUGUCAAAGUAGCACAUCUUGCUUUGAAGCAUAGACAGGGUAAGAAUCAUCGUAUGAGAAUUGUUGUGUUUGUGGGUAGUCCAGUAGAGGAUGAUGAGAAAGAGAUAGUCAAGCUUGCCAAGAAACUGAAGAAAGAAAAAGUGAAUGUGGAUGUUAUCAACUUUGGAGAGGAGAGUCUUAACACAGAGAAACUAACAGAGUUCAUCAACACUAUCAAUGGCAAAGAUGGAACUGGGUCACAUCUUGUCACAGUGCCUCCAGGACCACUUCUGUCUGAAGCUCUGGUCAACUCUCCUGUUAUAGUUGGUGAGGAUGGGGCUGGAGUUGCCAUGCAGGCUACCGGGUUUGAGUUUGGUGUUGAUCCUAAUGAAGAUCCAGAGCUCGCACUGGCUCUCCGAGUGUCCAUGGAGGAACAGAGAGCACGGCAGGAGGAAGAGGCUAGGAAGGUACAGACAGAGUCGGCUGUGGAGGCUGGGAAAGUGCCUGCUGAAGCUACUAAUGAAGAGGCAAUGUUGGAGCAGGCAAUCUCUAUGUCAAUGGGUGGACAGGAACAACAGACACCAAGUGUUCCAGACUUUGGUAGUAUGUCAGAGGAAGAUCAAAUAGCUUAUGCCAUGCAGAUGUCCAUGCAGAACUCAGCUGAGAAUUCCAGUGCUAAUACACCAGCUCCUAUGGACACAGAUGAUACUAUAUCUAGUGCAGCUGGUAAAUCUGAGGAAAAUAAGGGUGAAGAAGAUUAUUCUGAAGUAAUGAAUGACCAAGAAUUUUUACAAAACGUUUUGGAAAAUUUACCUGGAGUUGACCCUAACAGCGAUGCUAUACGGAACGCAAUGAGUACAUUAACAAAAGAUUCUGGCAAAAAAGAUGAUAAAAAAGACUCUGAUAAAAAGUGACAAUGAUAAUAUUAUAAUCUUUAAUGUUUGUGAAAUUGUUCCUUACAUAUGUGUACUUGUAUGUUAAAAUUUUCUUUAGAUUAUCAUUACUUUAGGACUCUGAAUUUUUUUUCGGAAAGGAAUGUCAGUUUCAUUUUAGAAUACAUUAUACAUUUAAAGGCAUAGUUUACAAAAAUGGAAAUACAGCCUGAAGAAGAAAUAAAGUGAGGAUUGAGUCAAAUAAUAAAAUUACUGUUAGCAAAUACAUGCACAAUAUUAUCCAAUAUUGUUUAUUAGUUGUGUGACAAGUUGACAUGUUUACCAUUGUGCUUCAUUCAUUAUAAUUUGUCAUAAAUUAUGUAAAAUUA